UCUGAUGUUGAAAAAUCUUUUCGUUCGAAUUUCUUUUUCUUUUUUCACUCUUGGUGAAUUCUUCUAUUUUGAUUAUCAACAUUUAUAAAUCAUGAUUGAAUAUCUUCAAACUGAAGAUAUUUGUUUGUGGCGUGAAAUUCGAAAAUUACCAGCAGAAUUUUUAGCUAAAAUUGAAAAAUUUUUUAUAUUUGGUGAUAGUUGUUCAUCGGCAUUAUUGUUCACCAAUGAUUAUCGUGUAUUUGCCAGUGGUCAAUGGACAAAAAAUUCAUCCGAACCGUUGGAAAUUGAAAAUCUUUGUGGUAAACAAAUUUUCGAUGCAAUAGCUACUGAUUUUAAAUUAUAUUUGGUUAUUCAAACGACAAACAAUAACGAUCCUGGCAAUGUAAUCAAAAAUCUUUAUUCAAUAUUGUACAGUCAAACUUAUGAUGAAAUAAAACUUGAAAUAGAAAAUGUUCAAAAAUAUUAUUGUUAUAAAACAAAAAUGUUGGCUUUAGAUGAUUCCAAUAAUGUAUGGCAUUCAAAUCUUUUUGAUCAACAACCAAAACAUUAUCAACCACCAUUAAUGGAUAAUGAAAUAAUUAUCGAUGUGGUUUGUUCAUCAAAUGUUUCAUUAUUGAUGACUAAUCGUAAACGAAUUUUAUUAUGGACAUCAACAUCGAUUCAACCAAUUCAAAUCAAUUACAAACCAGAUGAUCAAUCUACAAAGAAUGAAUCUAUAAAAUGUAUAAAACAAAUAAUUACCUAUAGUCACGAUGAAUUUCUAAUCAUCAACAAUAAUGAUUAUCUUUAUCAAAUUAAUUUUAAGAAACAAGAAAAUUCAUCGAAAACAUUUAUAGCCAAUGCUGUCGAUUUAGAUGAUGGUAGAAUUUUAUAUGUUGUUGGUUCCCCCCAUGGUUAUGUUUUAGUUCUUGAUAAUGGAAAAUGUUGGGCAUUUGAUUGUUAUGAUUCAACAAUGAUUAAAACUGGUCAUCAUUGUCUCUCCGAUGUUCAUUGUCUUUAUUUACAUAAUUCUACACCACGUAUUACAUGGUUGCCAUCAAAUUUACUACAAACAUUAAAUCAAUUUGGUUCAUUUAAUAAUUUCAAAGAAUCGGAUAUAAUUUUUGAAAUACGUUUCAGUAAUUAUAUAAUAACAAUGAAUCGUCAAACAUUGAUAAAUCAUUUGGAUUAUUUUCGUAAAAAAUUUCAAGACGAAAAUGGUGAAUGGCUGAAUUUGGAUUUUAUUUUCCUUGACAAAUAUAGCUAUGCUUCAUGGUAUGAAUAUUUUCGUUUUAUUCAUUGUGGCCAAUUACGUUCAUUAUCCGUUUGGCCACAAGAAACAUUAAUCGAAAUGUAUGAUAUUGCAAACGAAUUGAAUGAUAAUCGAUUUCGUCGAUUAAUACCCGAAAGAAUUUAUGAUGAACAAAUAAUGAUACCAUCUGGAUCGGUUAAAAGAAAAAAAAAUUGAAUGAUUCAUUUAUUUAUCGUUAAAAUGCUCAAAUAAUGAUCUCCAUAUUGUUUGGAUUAUGAUGAUAAUUUUGUUGUUGUUGUUGUUGUUGUUUU